UUAGCAAAGAAUUCCCUUUUGUUUAGAUUUACCAAUGUGAUUUUAUCUCAAUAAUAAUAAACCUUUAAAAUUCUCUACUUAAUGCAUUUGCAUUACUCAUAGUAAGAACGCAUUGCAGGAGUUGUAUCGGAGAGUAAGAAGAACUUAAACAAGUAUUGUUAUUAGGAGAAAUAAUGGAAACACGAAGUUUCAUAUGCAUUUUGCUCUUUGCAACAGCUGUGCAAAUUAAUGGGCAGUCAACGACAGAAUGGACUAGCUGGGGUUCGUGUUCAGCUACCUGCCGCUUUGGUUCUACAUCGCCUACUCAAACUCGUUCACGUACUUGCACUGGCAGUUGCAACAAUGUAUUUGUAAUGGAAAUGCGCAAUUGCAAUGAUGUGUCGUGUCAAGUGAUACCAUGUAACACCGUCAAUAUAUCUUACAUCAUUGUCAUCGAUUCAUCAAGCAGUGUCAAAACGUCAUUGCCAGAUGAAUGGAGUCAAGAAAAAACGUUUGUCAAGAAUUUUGCUGCACAGCUCGGCCUUGGUACAAACCCACUAAUCAGAGUUGGUGUAGUUAACUACGGUACUGAAGCUGAAAUCGUCGCUAACUGUGACUCUGUACAAACUAGUAAUUUGGCCAAUUUUAAUGCAUUCAUUGAUGGUUUACCUCGAAAACUUGGCGGUACUGCCAUCAAUGAUGCCUUACUUCAGACCAGAGCACUAUACCAAGGAGAUGGUUGCAAUCGACAAAACGAAGUUAGAAUCGUUUUAUUUCUCACAGAUGGAUUUGAAAACAUUGAAUUUAACAACAGGACACGUUUUUCAACGGAAAAUCGUGUCCGCAGUGAAGCCGGCUUCUGUGUGGGUGCAGUUGGACCUGACCCCAGAAUAAACGAUUUGCUCCGCUUAACUGGCAUGAGUUACAUCACAAGAACAGCUAAUUUUCAAGAGCUGUCCCAACUUGAUGUUUCGGUGUGUUAUAAUCAAGUAUUAAACAAAUACUGCGCUGUUCCUGGAUCUUGGACUGCUUGGUCCAACUUUGGUGCCUGCUCUAUUAGCUGCGGUGCGAACGGCACAAGAACAAGAAAUCGACAAUGCGUCAACCCAAUCACCAAUGCUGUCCAAAAUGACUGUCCAGGGUCAGCUACAGAGAGAGAAGUAUGUUUUAUGGGACAUUGUGUAGGUUCAUGGACACAAUGGUCAACCUAUGGCGUUUGUUCAGCAACCUGUCACUUUGGAGCGGUCGAAUCUCCUCCUACGCAAAUGAGAACAAGAGCUUGUGUUGGCGCCACUGGUGGUCAAAAUUGCGGCGGUGGAGAUUCGUCGGAAACACAAAGCUGUAACUUUCGCGUUCCUUGUCCAGGAAAUUGGGGUCAGUGGGGUGCUUUUGGUGCUUGCUCUGAACUAUGUCAGUCUGACGUUAAUAACUCUCCAACGAUGAGCAGGACAAGAACAUGCUUAGGCGGAACAUUUAAUGGAGGCUGUGUAGGAAGUGCUACUGAUAGCGUUGUUUGCAAUGCUCGUGUGCCCUGCCAAGGCAGUUUAACACAGUGGUCUGGCUAUGGUGCUUGUUCUGCAUCUUGUCAGCUCGGUCUGGUAGCUCCUACCCAACAAAGACAAAGGUCUUGUGUAGGAUCAACAUUUGGUGGGAAUUGCAAUAAUGCCGCUUUGACUGAAACAACAGAUUGUAAUGUGGAAGUACCUUGCUUUGGUGUGCUCACCAAUUGGGGACAGUGGGGAGCUUGUAGUGAAAAUUGUCAAAGUAAUCCCAAUCAGGUACCAACAAGAAUGCGUAGCAGACAAUGCAUUAACGUCAGUUUUGGAGGAAAUUGCGGAGGUGCUGCUCUCACAAUGACUGGAACAUGUAAUGUUAACAUAGGAUGUGAAGGUGCGUGGUCUAACUGGGGAGCGUAUGAAUCCUGCAGUGAAACUUGUCAAUCAAAUGUUAAUACUGCACCAACACAAAUAAGAAGAAGGACAUGCAACGGUGGAACAUUUGGUCAAACAUGUCCUGGAAGCUCCGUAGACACAAGAAACUGUACGGAGCGAGUCUCGUGUCCAGGAAAUCUUAAUACAUGGUCUGCAUAUAGUCCAUGUUCUGCUAGCUGUCAAUUAGGCCUAAAUGCUCCAACCCAACAAAGAACACGUUCCUGUAUUGGUGCGACAUUUGGUGGAAAUUGUAAUAACGCUGCAUUAAGUGAAACUACUGACUGUAACGUGGAAGUUCGAUGUCCAGGUGAUUUGUCUCAAUGGUCGAACUUUAGUAUGUGUCCAGAAUCUUGUCAAACUGGUGCCACCCCUGCUCAACACACUAGAACACGUACUUGCAAUAAUACCAGCUUUGGAGGGAACUGUGGUGGAGCUGUCCUUACUGAAAGCCAAGACUGCAGUGCAGGAGUGGCAUGUCCAGGUACGUUGACGCAAUGGUCAUCAUGGUCAGACUGUUCCGCAACUUGCCAUGCAGCAGGCUCAAGUUCACCAAUGAGAAAUCGAACGCGAUUGUGCCAAGGAGCAACAUUGGGUGAUAAUUGUGGUGGUGCAAAUUUAAUUGAAACCGUAAACUGCAACUUUCAAGUUCCAUGCCAGGGACGACUUACAACCUGGGGACCGUGGACAGCAUGCUCACACACGUGUCAAAGUGAUGGCAGUACAAUUCCUUCGCGAUCACGAGCUCGAUUUUGCGUUGACACAAGCUUUGGUGGUAAUUGCCUUGGUGCAAAUCUGCAGCAAUCUGAGAACUGCAACGUGGGCGUUAUUUGUCCAGUUCUUGGUACGUGGACAGCAUGGGGUGAAUGGAGCACUUGCUCAAAGACUUGUGAUAUGGGUAUGAGGACACGAAGUCGAAAUUGUACUGAUCCUUUCCCUGCCAGUGCUGGAAAUGAUUGUGUUGGUUCAAGUACGAGUAGCUCUACCUGCAAACUUGCUGAUUGCCCAGUGGCAUGUCCAGUGACGAAGAGAUGCAACUGCUCAUUAACCACUCAAUUUCCAACAACUGCACCCACACUAAGCUUCUUCAACAUCGAUGAUGCAACCAUACAUGCGGCUAUAAAUACGAUGUCUUACUGGACAGAAGCAGUACAAAAUCAAAUUUGUGAAUCAUGCAAUCUUCAAAGGCUCCAAGUGAGCGUCAACACGGUCAAUUCGCAUGUAACACAAGUCAAGAAUGUAUUGACACGAUUAAAUGAGAUAAAGCUUCGUCUAAAAGACAUCAUCAACUGCAACAAAAACGUUUUCAUUGGUGCGGACUUAUGGGCGCUCUAUGAUUACUUGUACACUCGUUGCACUAUGUUGAAGGGAAUUCACAUUGAAUUGUCGGCAUGCAAGUUGAGGUUUGAUGCAGCAAAUAAUUCCUGCAAAAAAUUCGGAUGGUUCCAUCAACUGGUGAAUCAAGUCUAUCGAAAAUUGUAACAGUAAUAUUUGUGGCAUACGAAUUCCAUACUUAUUUUAACCAACCAUAUUUAACCGAGUUUUGUUUUUCCCUUAUUUAUACAUUGGAGGGUAUAUUAUGUAAUUUUCUUAUUUUAUUUGUAGAAAACGUAGUCUUGUUGAAUUUGUUUUGGUUAGUUUUUAUAAAAAUUUCAUGAAAUCACCCAUUAAUUAACAGCAUAUUCUACGCUGACCUUUUAAUUUUUUUAUUAAAAAAAUGACUUUGCAGAUUAUUGAGAGAAUGCCCAAGUUCAUGUUUUUCUCGCUCCUUAUUAGCUGAUUAGGUGAUUAUUAUAUAAAUCUUGUACAUUUUUUUAUUUUGGACAUAACUUUUACUGUCUGUCUAUUUUGAGUAUUUAACAGAUAUUGGAUGUGGUGGAAUCGGAUAUCAAAAAUUAUUUAGUCGAGUUUGUGAUAUUCAACUUGGCUUUGGCCGAGUUGAAUAUAUGCAGGAUGUCAUUUAAGUUGAAUACUGCUUUUCAAUCGAGUCCUGUGAAAUUUUCAAAGUAAAACCGCUUUAACCGAAUUGAAUAUCUGUGUUAUUAUGCACUUGUUUUAAAACGAAUACUUCGUCAAAUUAUGCAUGCGCAAUCUCAACAAGUAUAGUUUCUGCACUAGACAUAAAGCUUGCAAAUCUUUCUGCAUCUCCCUUCUUUUUUAUUUACAUUUUUAUUUUUUAUUAACAAAUAACACAAAAAAAUUUUUUACGACAUUGAAAAAUAGAAUGUUCUAUAGCAUUAUUUUUCCCGCCAUUCUCCCCCUUCGAGAUUAUUCAAAAUAAUGGAUGGUUCACAUAAAAAGAUAACUGAACGAUCUUUAGAUAAAUUUUUUGUUAGAGAGAGAGAGAGAGAGAGAGUUGAGUCACAGAAAAAUGAAACUUUCUUUGAGGUUUCUGUCUAAUGUUUUGAACAUCCGUAUUAACCCUCUGUGAUACUAGUAUGAUACAAAACAAGCAAACUCCAAUUACUACUUUCAGGAACUAAAUAACGUUAUCCAACCCUGUUCGCAAAACUAAGUUAUUUUAUUUUACUUAACAUUAGAUCUUCAUAUGAUGUUUUGUUGUCAUAUAUUGUGGAUACAUUUGAAGUCGUUUUACUUAUAGAAAACUCAAAUUGUAAACGUUUCCAAAGAAAAAAAUUUUCCCCAUCGCUA